CGAUGCACGCAACGCAUACAGCUAAUCAAUCGAGUGACCUUUGUCUCAAUUCACACUUGCAUUGCGCCUCAGAUCAGUAGUUGAUGUUCAGCUAGUUAGUUAGUCAGCCAGUUAGCUAGUUGGCCAGUGAUCGAAAGGGGCAAAAUGUCGCAGAUGCUGCAGCUGGAUGCCUUGGUCAUGGCCAUGGCCUGUCUAUCCACCACACAGACGGAUCUAGGCGGAGGACUGAUGGUUCCGCCCUCCUUGGAAAAUGCGAGUUCCAGCAGCUGUCCUGUUUCGGCCUUAAGUGCUCUUACCACUCGGCUGCAAUCACUCAACAAGGAAAUCGAUAGUGUAAAGGAGCAGAUAGGCAGUCUCCAGGAGCAGUUGGUGGAUCUGCGAAGAGCGGAAAGCGCAAACGUGGUGGGACUGGCUUCACCCAAUGCGCUGGCAUCUCGAUUCCUGGACAUUGAGCCACAACUCCUGGCCAACGGUGCUGCACUGGCCAUUCCAACCACACCGGAAAACUGCCUGAAACAGCAGCACGGCGUUGUGCGAAUCCGACCCCGCUCGAAUGAGGCACCCUUCUUUGUUUUCUGCGAUCAGAAGGUCAGGAACGGCGGUUGGACCAUGGUGGUCAAUCGCUAUGAUGGCAGCGAGGACUUCAAUCGCAAGUGGGCGGACUACCAGAUAGGCUUCGGGCCACUAACCACCGAGUUCUUCAUCGGAUUGGAUAAGCUGCAUCAGAUAACCAGCAGUGACAACUACGAGCUGUUGGUUCAGCUGCAGAAUCGCAAACAGGAGCUGAGGUAUGCGCUUUAUGAUCACUUCAGCAUCGGCAGUGAGUCGGAGCAGUAUCGUCUCAAUGUUCUGGGGAAUUACCAGGGCGAUGCUGCUGAUGCACUGCGUCAGCACACGGGAAAAAAAUUCAGUACCCACGAUCGGGACAAUGACGAAAGUGAGCAGAACUGCGCGGCUCAGCAGUCGGGUGCUUUUUGGUAUGGCGCCUCGUGCAAUCUUAGCAACCCCUUUGGCCUAUAUCAACGGCUUCUCGAGCGGGAUGUUGAUGGCUUUAAGGGCAUUCUGUGGCGCGGUUUCUUAGAUGGACCCAAAGGUUCUCUGAAAUUAGUUCGCAUGAUGAUUCGACCGCGCGCCAUUUCAUAAAUAAGUAACUUUAUUGGCUACACCAGCCACAUAUAAUCAAACACCCAAUAGGUUAAUAACAAAAAAAACAAAACUAAUGCAAAAUGAAUUACAAAAUAAAUUCUUUUAGACUUCGUUGAGCUUGUCAAUCUCUUGGGUGGUUGUGGUGGUGCGAACAGUGGUGGUUGUGGUGGGAUCCUCAGAUCCUUUGACCACCAGGGCAUCUCCGAAAACUGGCUUGAAGAAGAGCACAAAGCGGGAGUAGCGACGAGCGGAGUUCUGCGGUGGAUUAUACGUAAAACAAAAAUAUAUUAUAGCCAUUUUUUUAAUAAUACGUAAUAAUAAAACAAUAAUAGUCAUGGCUUAU